UCUUGUUUGCAACAGGUCCCCCCCCCAAAGAUGAGAUUUUGCCAUUCCUGGUCAGAAUCUAUGAAGCAAGGUUGAGAUGUCGGAAGGUCCCUCCAGGAUCACAGGUCCCAUUCCUCCAGAUCCUACCCUAUGUCCGGAUUAUUACAGGCGCCCACUGUCAGCACGAGGAAGGCUAGAAGGGAACGCUCUGAAAUUGGAUUUGCUUCCUGGCCCCAUCCCCCCAGAGUUCAGCCUCUACCCUGGGUGCUACAGUGCUCGCUGUCCGCAGCCUCCUCCACGAAUUAAGCCCAACGCCAGGGACAUCUUGGAGAAGGGGCAAAACGGCACCGUAGGAGUUCUCCUGAAGCUAGAUGAGCUCUCCUUCUUUGAGGAACUGAGGCCCAAACGCAGGGAUCACAAAGACCACGAGAAGGAGAAUCUGAGGCGAAUGAGAGAGAUCCAGAGGAAGUGCCGAGAGAAAGAACAAGCCCGGCAGCUGAGUCAACCCAAGCCCGUGAAAGCCCUGUGGAAGUCCCAGAAGUAUGAAAACGUGGAAUCCAAAGUCAAAGCAAAAUUGCAGGAGAGUCCCAGCCCCCCACAUCCCGACGCUCAAAACUACUUGAGAGCAUAGUCUCGCUGUGGCACAGGAAUCCGUCCACGUCGGUCGCCCUCUCCGAACCCUUUCCGGUCGGGUGAAAUGGAUACAGGAGCUGCCCCAGCUCAGAACGGGAAUGGCAAGGUCCCAGAGAAUAGCAGUAACGUGGAUUUUGUCAGUCACAAUGCCCAAAAUGCGAAACGUGCCUCGUUACAACGCUCACGCUCCCUGCAGUCAAUCAACAAAGUCCUGGAGCAGAAGCAAAAAGAUCUGGAAGAGUACAACACGAAGCAGAAAGGCCACGUGCCGCGCUACCUGAUUGAGCGGAAGGACCACUGGCGCAAAGAAGCUGAGGAACGCCUGCGUAACACACCUGAUCCUGACACCCCACCUGGGCACGCCAUGAUGCCGGAGAACCAGCGCCUGGAAACCCUCAAGAAUCUCAAAGAGACCCAAGAGAAACUCUUGAAGGAGCUCCUGUUGCUUCCGGUGAGAAUCGAUACUUUGAGUGUUCAAACCCGUCGAGUUUCUUUAGAGAAGAAGCUGUCACAGAUUGAAGAGGCUCUCAAGAUCUUCUCCAGACCCAAAGUCUUCAUCAAGUUGGACUCCUAAGCACAGAGGCCACCUUGUCUUUGGCCUCUCCAGCCUUUUGCACUCAAGUCGCAGGUGACUUUGUUUCCUCACACAGUAGUUCCCGCAAUGUAGGUUUUGUCUUGUUGUGUUGUCCAUUCUCGCUGCAAGUCCUGUUUCUUUUCAGCACAAGGAAGCAAAUCUGUGUUUCUUGGUCAGGCACGGGAAACCCUGCAGGUAGUAACAGUCUGGACCUGGGAUGAUGAAAGCUGGGAUCCAAGAACUUUUGGUGGGCCGAGAAAGAGCCGUUUCCCAAAUAAACCUUCUUAAGAAUGUUUUAUUUUUCAGGCAAAAGAGGAAAGAUCGUUUUCUUAAAAGAGGAAAAAGUACACAUUCUCAGCAGCUUUGCAAGCUUGGAGGAGCAUGUGCAUUUUUAACUUAGAUGAUUGUACAGUUUAAAACAAAUAAAGCACAUUUUGUAAGCAA